UGACAGUCAAAAUUUCAAGUGUUUUGGUGAUAAAUAAAUAUAACGAUUAUCAUUAUUAUGUUCUGAAACAUAAAAGUGUAAAUUGCUUUUACAUUUUAGUUAUUUGGUUAAAAUUCCCUUAAUUUCGUUACAAACAUUAUCCGUGUAUAGGUUUUUCUUUCCAUUGACUUUUUCUAUAUUUCUUACUCCGUGUGAAUAACAAUUCCGGUACAGUCGUGUCGUCAUGUAUAAAAGAUAUUUCAAACUCAACUUGCCUGACAGCGGACUUGCUAUUUUAUGAUAUAAAUGUGGCACAGCGACCUGAAUGAUCUUCCCAUCAACAGCUCCACCGAUUAAACAGGCAGUAUGGUGGUCGUGUUGAAUGGCGUGCUCGCCGACGAGUGCCCAACAUCCGUGCGAGCGUUGUUAGCAGCACACCCCGGCUACAGAGAUGCUGCAGCUCAGUUGUUGGCGGCAGCAGCCCGCGUGGUCGCACCGCCAGGUCUUCUUUAUGUGGGACAGAGGGAGUUGGCAGCCGUUGUACCACAUGACAAAAACGUCACCAUCAUAGGCUCAGAUGAUGCAACAUCAUGUAUUAUUGUAGUCGUGAGGCAUUCAGGGUCUGGAGCAGUAGCAUUAGCUCAUUUAGAUGGGUCGGGAACGGCAGAGGCAUCAGCCGCUAUGGUGGCCAAAGUACAGCAACUGGCUGUGGGGUAUCCCGAAGGAAGGUUGGAAUUGCAGCUAAUUGGUGGCUUCACAGACCCUCAUAGAUAUUCUGACGAGCUGUUUGCUAAUAUUAUGUUAUCAUUCCACCGCUUAACCGAAGAAAUCGACCUAACUCUGGCCUGCUGCUGCGAGUUGAACACGUCCCUCGGCGGAGGGUCACCUUCUCCUCUGGUCACAGGAGUCGGAGUGGAUAUCAGAGCUGGUGACCUCUUCCCGGCCACUUUUCCUGAUAAGGGACCAGAAUUGCCCCUACGAUGUGCCAGGACCAUUACAGGCGGACCCAAUUCAUCACAAGUACUGGACAUAUACGACAACGGAGUGGGUAUGGUCCGCAUCGGCCCGUUCUCUUACGACCCUCUGAGGGGCGUGGACCUCUGGCUGGAGCAGGCCGAUGACUUCAUUCUGCAUCACCUCAGUACCACGCCCAACGCGGAACCACCGCACUUCGUACACAAUAUCCGCGUGACACUAAAGUUCAUUCAGCAGCAUCCGUUUCCAGCAGUCACAGUGUUCCCCGACAGUCGGCCUCACUACUACCGCCGUGAUGAGCAGACGGGAUGCUGGAUGCCAGUUCGGUUUUAAAAUGAUUUCCGUUUUUGACAUAUCCGUUUAAACAUUAGAAAUUAU